UGUUUUUCUGGCAAGGCUAAAGUCUAAAGUAGACUUUAACAAGGAAGUCACCUGCUACGGCUUCACAGAGAGACAAAGGACACUUUUCAGGCAGCAGCUGCGCGUACCUCAGCCGACACCGGAUGGACAAUGGCAGAGAGCACAUCAAAAUCCUCCAACACCCUGACUAAAGGUCUCACCAAGAAGCAGUCUAAAGCCCUGGAGAAAAUCAGUGCCUUCAACUCGGAACCAUGGCAAAAACCCUCCCUCAGUAAAGCCCAGGCGAAGGAUUUUCAAGGAUUUUCAGACAGCUGCCCGCUUUGGGGUUUACCCGCAAAAAAGCCUGAUCUACAGGUACUGCGGAGUCUGACCGAGUGCCUACAGCUUCUUCAGAAACUGGCAGAGGAGGUGGACAACAUCAGCCGGGUGAAGGGUGGCAGUAAGAGGGCUAUACCAGCAGAGAGCAGCAAAGCCCCAGGCAGCCUGGAGACCAGCAGGAGCCUGAUCCUGCACUGGGCCGAGGAGAUGGAACAAAACAUGGUGAAAAGGGGAGCCAAGCCGAUGGGUGAAGAGACGCUGAAAAGAAGAGAUGUUCCAGAAGAGAAAGAGAAAACUGAGCUGGAAAAAUACAACAAGCUUCAGCAGUGGGCAGUGGAGCUCAGGAAUAUCAAGGAUGCUAAUGGUGUGUCUGAUGAGGAACUGAAGCAACUGUUGUGUCAGAGGGGACCAAAGGCACCGAGGCUGGACGCCCUUCUUCCCCUGCUUGAGUUUGUGGCUUGGUCGCUACUGUCAGAGGAUACUGAGGAGGCGGUGUCGAUGUCGUGGCUGCCGACCAAGCAAAAGGCCUGGAGGACAGCAACCGGAGGCUCCAAAUACAUCCCUAACUCAGUGUGGCAGUGGAUCAAGGAUGCCUCAGUGUCAGUCCGGUUAGAUGCCAGCACCAGCCAUCCCUGGCUGGCCGUGUCCUCAGACUGCCUGCAGGUCCAGGAGGCAGCAGUGCGCUCCACUACCCUCCCGAACAACAUCCAGCACUUUGCUGAGUGGCCCGCCGUGCUGGGUGACGCCGUCAUCACAUCAGGGAGACACUAUUGGGAGGUUGAGGUUUCUCCCAGCGGCAGCUGGAGAGUAGGUGUGACGUCACAAUAUGCUCAGAGGCAACAGAAGUCCACCAUGUCACCAAGAGGAGGAUACUGGACUCUGUGGAAGGGCUCCAGUUUGUGGGCAUGUACCAACGAGCCCACGAAGCUGCAGAGGGCCGCUGUGCCCCGACUGAUCGGGGUGUAUGUGGAUGUCGGGGAGGGUCAGGUGUCCUUUUAUGAUGUUGAUCGAAGGGUUCACAUUUACACUUUCUCCGACACCUUCAAAGACAGCCUGAGCCCUCUCUUUGUCUGCCUGGGUGGAGACACGGUCCUUAAAAUCGUACCAGCAAAUAUGUCAGUCACUGCUGAUGACAGAAACCUGAAUGGGUCUGGAUCUCAAAUUUAAUGUGCAUGAUGCGGCCCUAUUGGUAAUUGGAAUAUUUCUGGGCCCUCCCAAGAUUUCAGUUAAUACUCUGAUCAACACAGGAGACUAAGAUGUGUCGGGGCCCAACUGCAGUAGCUUCCAGCCUGUUCUGUUCAGUUCUGACAGUAUCGAUUGAAAUAUGUUGUCGUCAGUCAUAGCCAUUUUCCUUUCACUGGGAAAAAUAUGACCUAUAAAUUACACUAGAUCAAUACUGGCGGCUGUAGCUCAGGAGGUACAGCGGAUCGUCUAGCAAUCAGAAGGUCGCAUCCGUGUCUUUGGGCAAGGUACUGAACCCCAAACUGCUCCUGAUGUGCUGGUCGGCACCUCGCAUGGCAGCCAUCAGUGUAUGAAUGUAUGAAUGAGUUACUGUAAGUCGCUUUGGACAAGAGCGUCUGCUAAAUGCCUUAAAAUGUCCAACAUUUACGAAUCACCGCACUACUUUAAACUAAUGAGUAGUUUAAAAAGAACAAAUUAUUUAAAAAUUCUGAAUGAUUAUUCUACUUGUUUGUUGCCGAUGCCAAUGUCUGCACUUUGUUACUUUAAAUAAAAUGAAUGGUGUCAUAAAGA